UUUAUCUUUUUUUGUUGUUAUAUAAUUUAACAUAAAUAUUUGUACAUCCCAUAUUUCUGAAAAAGAUUUCGGGAACAGGCUGCUGAAAUACAAAACAGCAAUUGACAGACAUGCUGUCGUUUUCUCGCAGCAUUAGCCACGGAUCUUUUCUCUUUCGUUUUGCUUUGAAUAUCAAAUCCUUACUGGAAAGUAUAUGGUCAUCUUUGGGUAUUUUACAAUUUAAAAUACAACACUUAUUCGGCAUGUCUUAUAAGCAUUAAUAACGAUGAAUUGGAGGAUUAUUUAAUUAUAUAAUCAUGCUUGUCAGUAAGUGAUUUGAAAUUCAAAGCAAGUCAAAGGAGUAAGAUUUUGGUCAAUCCCAUGCUGUGAGAAAAGGACAGCAUGUGUGUAUGUAUGUCAUAGCUUUCUCUGCAUGUGCAUACCAGAGAUGAAAAGAACAAAGAAAUGAGCAAUCUCCCUUUUCAUCUCUGGUGCAUACCUCUCUCUUUCUACGGUUUCUCUACAUUCUUGACUCAAUACAUGUGGGUGGAAACUGCCUAAUCAGUAUGCCACUAGAUGGCUAUUACGGCUAUUAUACAUUAUAACACCGUGGUGUAAAAUCAAAAUAAAGUUCCAAGUAAAUCAGUUUCAAUAACUAAUUAUAACUGUCAUUUAUUUAUAAUUCUCGAGUGACGAAACAUAACUUUACUCAAAUAUAUUGUUUUCAUUUGCGAUACGAGCAUCAGCAAUGGCAUCUACGUGCAUGGUUAUCACUCGGCAGAUUUCAUCGUCGUCAGUAUGCCAUGGUAAACGGAAUUUUCGAAUGAUUCAAGUUUACAAUAAACGAGGCAGUCGGCAAUUCAAAGAGGAACGAAACAAAAAUCCGAAGAACUUUGAUAUUCCUAUUGACAGAAGAGGAGUCAAGGCUACAGGUAUGUGGGUACAAGAUAGAUGGGUUAAUGUACCAGAAAUGAUACCUGAGAUUGUAGUUCCUUCCUUGAAAGAUUUCCACUUAAAACCGUAUGUCUCAUACAGAACUACAGAUGUUGAAAGACGUGAAUUUACUGCUCAAGAUUUGUUUGAUGUAGUUUAUUCUGAAAAAAUUAGGACAGAUUUUAAAGCAGGCCAAUUAGAUUCAGAUGGACAACCACUGAAUCCUAGCGAAGAUGAAAAACUAACAUCUGAGGAAGCUAGGAUUAAAGCUGAGCAAACUGGUUGUGAUUUGUUCCAACCGGACAAGCUUCCACCCAAACUUUUUUAAAUAAUGAUCAUUAGUUUAGUAAAAAUAAUUUGUACAUUGCUGAAGGAAUCUGUUAAACUGGAUAUAAACAGAGCGUAACUGGGUUUAUCUUAAAAUAAAGACUAGUGUUCAUAGUU